CAAAAGCAGGAUGGGGGGCACAGAGCCACAAUCCCACGGGCGGGAUGUCAUCGAGGGAGGACACUCCAGAGCCGGGCACCGCUGGCACCGGCACCAGCCAGGCCGCCCCGCAGGCCGAGAGCCGGGAGAGCGGCGCGUGCCCGGAGUGCCGGCACAUCAGCACGGCCUGCUCCAGCUCCUGCCGGCACUGCUUCUGCCGGCUGUGCCUGUGGGACUGGAGCCUGGGCCCGGCCGCCUGCCCGCGCUGCCGGCGGCCCACGCGCCACCCCUACCCCCAGCACGUGGCGCUGUACCACGAGGUGCAGGAGCGCGUGUACGACAGCAAGCGCCGGCGGCGCGGCCGCGAGGGCUGGCCACAGGGCUGCUCCCGCUACCUGGCACGCGGCCGGCCCUGGCACAGGAGGAGAAGGAGAUCCAUGAGGUGGCCCCGCGAUGGCCGCCGGCAGUCGCGGCACGGCCGAGGCAGCGAAUCCCCGAGGUGGAGGUGGUGGGAGCAGCAGAGGAGCGCUUGGGAGGAUCCACCUGAAGAGGGACGGACUCCAAGGCUGGAAUGGGCCAUCCCGGCCUCCUCACAGGGAAGCCAGUCCCGGCGCAGGUCCUGGCACAGGUCCCGCAGGUCGUGGAGGCGGCGGGAGCGGUCACGGAGCCGCCGCGGGUGGAGCAGGAGCAGGAGCAGGAGCAGGAGCAGGAGCAGGAGCAGGAGCAGGAGCAGGAGCAGGGUGCGAUCCCAGAGCUGGGACAGGCGGCAGAGCAGGUCCUCCAGGAGAGAGCAGGACACACAGACGGGCUCCCAGGAGCGCUCCGCAGGGCAGAGGCACUGGAGGAGCUGGAAUUCUGGUGACAGACACACUCCAAGGCCCCAACACCACGUCCCCUCAGAGAGGAGCGAGACACACCCGUGGGAAGACGCAGGUUCCUCCAGACACUGGCGCACAAGGAGGAGGCGAAGCCGGGGCAGAUCCCACAGGAGACGCCAGAACUCCCAGGGAACGGUGUCCCACGACCAUUCCACAAACCAGGGGCGCUGGAAUGCUGAUGACAGACACUCUCCAAGGCCCCAGCAUGACAGCUCCUCGAGGAGGAGCGAGAGACACCAGUGGCAAGAGCACUCGAGGAGCCAAAGCCGGGGCAGAUCCCACGGGACAGGCCAGAACUCCCACACAGCCUCCCAGGGAAUGCUGCCCCCCGACCAUUCCACGGGGCAGAGGGAGCAGAGGAGCUGGAGUGGUGACCAGGAGCAAGCUCCAAGGUUCCAGCAGGACAUCCCAGGCUCCCCAGGGAGGAGCCAGCACCAGCACAGGAACCAUGCUGGGCGCAGGGAUUCAUAGCCCACCCUCCCAAAAUGGGAAUGGCUCAGCCCAGGUGUCCAGGCAGGCUUUGGUGAUCUCCCAGCAUGCAGCCACCAGAUCCCUCCUGGACAUCCUGGGCUUGACUCACUGCAAAUAAACAAAUGCCACCUUGGGCCAGCACUCC